CGUUCGAACGGUUCCAGGCGUCUAAAGUUCUUUUGUUGGUCUGUUUUCGAUCGUGAAUAGCUCACCGCUGCGCGCAGAGAUGGGUUCAAAGGCUAUCGGCAGGGUAUUCCCACUGCUGGUGUUAUUUUUAUUUUUCUUAUGUUUACUGCUGCCCGAUCAUCAAUGUUUGGCUGCUGCAGGUGUGCCUUGUGGACAGCGACAGAUCAGCCAUAUGGGAUUCAUAUUGGGAGGAAAAUCAGCCCGGGAAGCAGAUUGGCCGUGGCAUGCGGCCAUCUUCACAAGACAACGAUCCGGUCAGGAGGCGUACAUCUGUGGAGGAACUGUUAUAAGUGACAAUUUCAUACUAACAGCUGCACAUUGCACCGUAGUCUUCCGAGAGGUUCUUCCGCCGGAGAGUUUCACCGUAAAAGUGGGUCUUCACAACAAAAGCUCCCCGAGUGAGCAUUCCAGAACCUAUGAAAUCGUAGAGGUGAUCCGUAACGAUGAGUUCAGCAUAGACAAUUUGAAAAAUGAUAUCGCACUGUUGAGGACAGAAGAAGACAUUACCUUUUCGGAUUACAUUCAACCGAUAUGUCUGUGGCCCCAGGAGAGGUCGGAUUUGAAUUCGGUUAUUAACUUACCGACCGGUGGAUCCGUCGUAGGAUGGGGAAUGGGAGAUGAGCUUAAGCCCAUGGACAUUCUGCAGGAGGCCAGACUGUCCGUGGUGGAUUAUGCUACUUGUCUGAAAAGCAAGCCGGAUCAUUUUAGAAGGAUACUUUCUAAUGAUGCGAGCAAUUACUGCGCUGGGAAUCCGGCCAACAUGACCAAUGUUUGUGAUGGUGACAGUGGUGGUGGGAUGUAUUUUAAACUUGACAAUGCUUGGUACAUUCGUGGUCUGGUGAGCGCUGGAGUCCGUUCCGAAAUAUUAGGACAUUGUGAUCCUCAACACUAUGUCACUUUCACGGAUAUACCGUACUAUCUGCGAUGGAUCGUUGCCCAUCAAGAAGUCGUGAAAAAACGAAAUCUACUAAAUUUGGGAAACUGUGGACUUGAUGCACACAACAUUACGGUGGACGAAGAGGAUAAGCCGGUAUUUCUACAGUAUCCUUGGACGGCGAUUUUGGAGUUUAAAGCCACAACAUCACCGACUGUUAGCACGAUCUGCAACGGAGCUCUGAUUCAUCCCCAAUUUGUGGUCACUGUGGGUCAUUGCGUGGAUAGCGAUUUCAAGAAAUACAAACUCCGAUCUGUUCGCUUGGGAGAGUACAACAUGAAAACGAACCCGGACCAAGAGAAGCAUUCCGACGGGAAGGAAAUAUCCACCAACUUUCAAUCGAUAGAUGUUGAAAAAAUCUUCAUUCACCCCAAUUUCAACAAACCGCGAUAUGAUAAUAAUAUUGCUAUUCUGAAGCUGAAAAUUCCAGCCGAUAUUGCCAGACCAAAUGUGAAACCAAUUUGCAUUCCAACCGUGGAAGAGUACAACGAGGGGUUCACUAUCAGUGGGUGGAAGCGUGUCGGUCAGAAAGCGCACGUUUUGACGAGAGACUUCGUCAUGCUGGAAAGUGCCGAUACAUGCAAAUCCGUCUACAAAAAGAUGAACAUUGAAACCACGGCGAAUCAUAUCUGCGGAACGUACUACCAGGAGGAUUUGCGCAAUUGUUUCCACUUUAUGAGUGGGGCUCCGAUGCAGUAUGUGAAGCGUGCCGAUCGGAAGAAUCGUUAUUUCCUGAAGGGACUGUUUUCGUUUGGAUUCCCAGGAUGCCAACUCAACUACACGGAUGUGUUUACCAACAUCAACAAAUAUGCCAGUUGGAUUACAACGAUCGUUGAAUCGCAGAGCUAGGAGCAGAAUUUGAAGCUCUUUUGUGCAUAGUAUGCAAGUCGUUAUAGAAUAGGUAAUUGAGUUUUUUUCCUACAGAAUUGAAAAAAAAAACAAUAAUGCCAAAGUAUUAGAAAAGAGCUUCCAGUUCCCGGGGGUUUUAAGCAUCCUGGGAUUCAGGAAAUAUAAUUUUGGGAUUCCUUGGAAGUCCCGGGACCCAGGGAAGUAAAUAAAAACCUUACAAACAAUUGUAACCUUUAGUUUCAAAACAAAUUUUGACCGAUUUUCUAAAAUGUUGCACUGUUCAUCUCUUUAAAAAAAAUUGAAAAUACAUUUCUUUAAUACUUUUGUCAGGCUUUGACGAAUACUUGCAUAAUUUGUAAUGGGUGUUCAAUAAAUAAUGAGAAUGAUUUCAGUGCCGUCCAUCGCUCUUGUGAGAGCAUCGCGACUAUGUUGCGUC